CAAUUUCAAACGAAAAUGAUUAGUCCGCGAGCACGAAAUUCCCCCAUUACAAGUUUCCUAUUUCAACGUCGUAUACCGCGUAACUUUUAUGAUACAGUUUAGUUAUCAUUUACGCGAUGAUUUAUCUAUUUCCUGCUUGCCAACGACACAUUCUGUUAUAGCACUUCCGUUAUUAACUUUGAAAUCAUGUCUUUGAUUAAUUUUUUGGAGUUUUUCCAAAAAGGAAAGACUUUUCGACCGAAGAAAAAAUUGUAUCCCGGUACUUUACGGUACUCGUUGCACAAGCAAGCUCAGGCUUCGUUAAAUUCUGGCAUAAAUUUACGAUCCGUGGUGCAGUUACCUGAAGGUGAAGAUUUGGAUGACUGGAUUGCCGUUCAUGUUGUCGAUUUCUUCAAUCGUAUAAAUCUGAUAUAUGGCACCAUAUCGGAUUUUUGUACCGAAGAAUCUUGCCCUACCAUGUGUGGUGGUCCACGUUUCGAGUAUUUGUGGGCUGACGGCACGAAAUACAAGAAACCCACCAAGUUAGCAGCGCCUAAAUAUAUUAAUUUAUUAAUGGAUUGGGUCGAAGAACAAAUCAACAACGAAGGAUUAUUUCCCGUUUCAACGAAUGUUCCUUUCCCGAAAAACUUUCAAAGUUUGUGUAGCAAGAUAUUGACGAGGUUAUUCCGAGUGUUUGUCCAUGUCUAUAUACACCAUUUCGAUAGGAUCGUUUCAUUAGGAGCGGAACCUCAUAUAAAUACCUGCUACAAGCAUUUUUACUACUUCGUUAGAGAAUUCAAUUUAGUUGCCAUUAAAGAACUGGAGCCUUUAAAAGAUAUGACCGAUAAAAUAUGCAGAGAUAAAUCUCCUUCGCCUACUAGAUCCAUCGCCGAGACCGUUGUGAACGCAUGAUUCAAUUUUGUUUUUAUCUCAAAAGUAAACUUAAUCUAUGUAUUUAUUUAUUUAUUUCAAAACUAUAGUUAAUUAAUUCGCUAUAUUGAAUUGCUUCACAGUGUUUGUGAUUGUUAUUUCGUAUUCGUAUCUUGGGAAAUUUUUACCUCAUAUGUGAUUUGUACUUGAUACGAGUACCUAUUGUGAAUGUGAAUGAUCUGAAUUUUACUUUUUGUUUGUUUUAUUAUUUGUUUUCUUUCAAGAAAUAUAUUUUUUUUUACCAUAA